CUUUCCUUCAAGGUUAAAAUUUGUAUAUAAAGGGGUCUAUAGUUAUAUGUAUAUGGUGGGCACCUGCAGAGAUUUUGAUCUUGAAGAACAUUCUCUUCAGUUUCUUUCGUCCUCUUUAAAAAACCUAAUCUCUAAACUCCACCAUUGAUGAGCUCUGACCCUAAUCUCACCACUUUCCUCUCACUUUCUCGGCAAAAGUUCAGUGAUUUGCUCUGUUUCCUGGAGAAUUUGCUCUGUUUUUUAAACCAAGAUUCAAGAUUUGGUUUUGACGGAGCAUAAAUGGAGAGAACAAGAUCAAAACCGAUUCGGGAUUUACCCGAGACAAUCCAUUCGUUGCUCGGUUUGAAAUCUCAUAUGACUUCUGAUUGGGUUAAAUCUGUGUGCAACAUCGUCAAGAACAAUUCUUCAACGUCAAAGGAAGAAGAAGAUGACUCUGUUUCUACCGAUUUACAGAGCAUUAGAGAUAAACUCUCUGCACUAACAGUUCAAGUCAAUGAUCAGAACAAACAGAGAAGACAGAUUCUUAAUGAGUUCUUGGACCUUAAAGGGAACAUGCGUGUGUUUUGUCGAGUCAAACCCUUAGGAGCCUCCGAAAAGUUGAGGCCACCGGUUGCUUCGGAUACAAGAAAUGUGAUCAUCAAGUUAUCAGAAACCAAGAGAAAAACCUACAACUUCGACAGAGUUUUCCAACCUGAUUCAUCCCAAGAUGAUGUUAUCUUAGAGAUUGAACCAGUAAUCAAAUCGGUUAUCGAUGGCUACAACGCUUGUAUUUUCGCGUAUGGACAAACCGGUACUGGGAAAACUUAUACAAUGGAGGGUCUUCCGAACUCUCCAGGUAUCGUUCCUCGAGCGAUCAAGGGAUUGUUCAAACAAGUCGAGGAAAGCAAUCAUAAGUUUUUAAUCCACUUCAGUAUGCUUGAGAUUUACAUGGGAAAUCUUAAAGACUUGCUUCUUUCUCAAGCAACUAAACCCAUUUCUCCAAUACCUCCAAGUCUUUCGAUUCACGCUGACGCAAGUGGAGAGAUAGAGAUCGAUAACUUAGUGAAUCUUAAAGUGGAUGACUUUAAUCAAGUCUUCAAGUUAUACAAAGAAGGAUGUCGAAACAGAGCAACUGCCUCCACUAACUCUAACUCUGCUUCCAGCAGAUCACACUGUAUGAUCCGUGUAUCGGUCACUUGUCUUGGAGCUUCUGAGAGACGGCGUGAAACAAACAAGAUUUGGCUAGUGGAUCUUGGCGGAAGCGAGCGAGUGUUGAAAACCAGAGCCACUGGUCGUCGUUUUGAUGAAGGCAAAGCCAUUAAUCUCUCUUUAUCUGCUCUUGGGGAUGUCAUCAACUCUCUUCAACGCAAGAACUCUCACAUUCCUUACAGGAACAGCAAGCUCACACAGGUUCUGAAAGACUCUCUCGGACAAGAUUCAAAAACGUUGAUGCUUGUUCAUAUCAGCCCUAAAGAAGAAGAUCUAUGUGAAACCAUAUGUUCUUUAAACUUUGCAACGAGGGCAAAGAACAUUCAUUUAGGGCAGGACGAAUCAACGGAAGAACAACAAAAAAAGGAGGCUGUGAUGAUGAAUCUGCAGAAGAUGAUGGAAAAGAUCGAACAAGAGCGCGAGAUGUCGUUAAGAGAGAUGAGAAAUCUAAACAAGACGUUGGAGAAAUUCACUGGUAAGCCUCAUGUUAUUGAAGAAGAAGAAAAGGAUGUGAUUAGAGAAGAGAUUCAAGUGACUCCAAAAAAACCAAAAAACAAAUCAAGACGUGCUUCAGAUGUUUUUCCUAGCUUCAUGAGACCAACAGCUAGCAGCAGAAGAUUAUCAGGAGCAGAUUUUAGCGUAACCCCUAAUGCUUCGGGCUAUAAGUCUAGAAGGAACUCGAUGAUAUCUGUCCGAGCUGAAUCUGUGCGCCUUCCGGUGAAGAAGAACAGAUAUGAUUCUGCCUGUGACUCAUCAGACAGGAGCGUUUCAAAAUCGACUUGCGUUAUGCGUCAAAAUACAUCAGAUGAUGCAACGGUGUAUAGUCAGGACAUAUCUGAAUGUGACAUUAAGUUGGUAGUGUCUGAGCACAAGCCAAAAGCACUGCAGAUGGGGCCUGGAUCUGCGACAAAAUCCCGCUCCAAGAUCUGUAACUUCGAGAAAGAUGCGGCGCAGAAGAUGGACGGAACAGAGUUUUCUAGGAUUAACAGUUGGCUUCGUUCGCAAUCUGAAAACAGAAGUUACGUGCUUGACAAGGAUCAACUUCCUGCGACUCCCCAAAACAGGUCGUUGGAGAAGUCAUCAACACAGAGUCUUACAACGGAGAAGAUCACUGGAAAUGAGUUCUUGGAAAAAUUGGAAGAUAUAGAAGAGUCUAAAACAGAUGAAACAGUGGUUAAACCUACACAAAUGCUUAAAAAGCUGUUUGAGCUGCAAUGUCUCUGUUCUGCUGAAGAAGAGGAUCAGAUUUUGUCCAGAUUCCCAAAUCCUGGUUAUGAGGAUGUUGAUGAGUCUCUUUAUCCUCCCGUUUUAGAAAACGAUGGAUUUAGCCAACACAUAGACAAUGAAUGGUUUGGAGUCAAUCACAGUGCGGCUUGGGAGCGAGAUUCACCAGCCACGAUCCCGUUGUUAGAACGUGAACCGGAUCUCAAACAGCUGUUACCGGAAUUGGCUUUCGAUCAUUCACUUAAACCAAGAGGUUUGGCGUUCGCGGAGGAUGUAGCUCCACCAUUGCUUAGAGCACAAGAAACCUUGGGAGAAAGAGGAAAAGCUCCAACGUUCAUGCAGAAAGUUCAGGCUUUAUGCUUCCGCAUUCUUCUGGGAUUAGGGUUUAUUGAUGUGGGCUAUGGUAAUGACUUUUUCAGUGGAUUAACCAAGUAAAGACAAGAACUGAUUCAAUUCGUCUUUGAGAUCCCCAAAAGAUGCAUGCAAGUUUAGCUUUUUUCAGUAGAGAUUAAAGUAUGGAAUUUUUUGAAUAAAAGUUAGUUUUGUACUUUAAUGAUUCCGUUAGAAUCCAUUUAUAGUUUUGUUUAAAACCUGGCAAUGGCAUGUCUAAUUUUUUUGUUAAAGGCGAAAAGGUUUACAUGUCA